CUUAUCUAAAUUCUAAAUUAUUUCAAUAAAUAAACAAUUAAUAAUUGUUAAAAGCGCACUGUAACAUCUCACCAGCAAUCUGUGUUACAUUGAUUUAAAUUUUUGUAAAUGCUCUAUUUUUAUAUCGAUUUAUGUGUGAAGUUAUCAAAGUAUAAAGUAUUGAAUAUUUCCCUAAUCAAUUUAUUUCAAGGUUGUUUCCAUCGAUAAAAAAAUAACCCUGAACCCAUAUACAUUAGAAGUUUAUCUGAAGUUAUUCACAUACUGCUAGGUACUCAGAGCACUGCAGCUUGUUCUCAGAAAUUCUAGAAAAAUGCCGGUAACACCAAAGGUUGGAAUAAUAGGAGGCACAGGAUUCGAUGAUCCUGAUAUUCUAAAAAACAGAAAAGAAAAGAAAGUUAGUACCCCUUUCGGUGACCCUUCAGACGCCUUAAUAUUAGGAGAGAUAAACGGAGUCCAAACAGUAUUGCUCAGUCGCCAUGGAAGGAAACACGACAUCAUGCCGGGCAACAUUAACUACCGCGCAAACAUCUGGGCUUUGAAAGAAGAGGGCUGCACUCACAUCAUAUCCACCGCAGCAGUUGGUUCGUUGCAGGAACAGUAUAAACCCGGCGAAUUAGUUUUGGUCGAUAAUUUCGUGGAUAGAACGACAAAUCGCAAGCAAACCUUCUACGAUGGGGAACCGGGACAUCCUGUAGGCGUUACCCAUAUCCCAAUGGAACCUGCUUAUUGCCAGCAGACGAGAGCUCUUAUUUUAAAGCUCGCUAAAGAUUUAAAUGUGGAGAUUAUUCCUAAAGGAACUGUCGUUACCAUCGAAGGACCACGUUAUUCAUCAAAAGCAGAAAGUAACAUAUUCAGAUCUUAUGGUGCACAUAUCAUUGGUAUGACCCAAGUGCCUGAAGUAGUAUUAGCGAAAGAAGCCGGUAUUUGUUACGCAAAUAUAGCGUUAGUGACUGAUUACGAUUGCUGGAGGGAAUCCGGGGAAAAAGUCAGCGUUGCUGAGGUCAUGAAAACAUUUAGCGAAAAUGUUAAUAAAGUAUCAUCGUUCGUGCUCGCUGUGGUUGCUAGAAUCGGGCAAGAAAACUGGGAUGCUACCAUAAAUGAGCUAAAAGAAACUGUAAAAGGUGCAAUAAUGCUGCCAAAAAGUUAAAAGAAUAACUAAACAAUUUGUGUUUGCCAGUACACUUCAAUUGCUUCAUGUUUUAUUAUCACGAUUCUGGUUAUUGUAUUUAAAUGCAUUUAUUAAAAACUCAAUGUUUUAUUGGGAUAAUACUAUAUUACACUUUACAUAACAUUUGUAAUUCGCUACCACCCAAAUAAAAAUGUUUUAAAAC